AUGUUGUUCAGCAAAACCUUACUUGUUUUACUGAUAGCCAUCCUGGGUACCUCAUGGAUACCGGACGGCAGAACCAAUGGAUUAGCUUCUGGUUGCUGGUCCAGUGUGAAACGACCAGAACAAUGCGUGGAGAAAAAAGAUCCCACAAAAGUUUCCACGAUUGAUGACAUCCCUCAGGAAGAUGAUGAAUUCGCGCCUCUGACUGUUGGCAUUUGGUACCAAGCAGCAGCGGGAGGCAGAUGGCCGGUGGGCAAGAACGGCGACUUCUCGCUGCAAGGCACGUACAGGCGCCAGGCGGGCAUGCGGCGCGAGUACGGCGGACUCGCUAACUUUAACUAUCGCUGG